UUUUGUGCAAUUCUCUUAGUCCGAUUCUGGAUUCAGGGCAUGCAUACACACGGCUGUAACAAUAACGCCAUGUCUGUGGUUGGCUCAAGCAAAGGCCCGUUGUCGAUGGCCAUUGCGAAUAACGACAUCAGAGAAUUAAUUAUCCUUUAUCCAACGCCACGAACUUCGAUGGUAUAUAAGUCCUUGGUCAUGGAAGACCAUCCAGCCCUAGAGGUAUUUUGUCCCCGCCCAUUAUCUCGAGUCCCUUGAGAUUCUGCGUUCUUAGCAGCAAGGCGUGGCCUGUCAGAGAGACAUCAUCAUGACGGACAUCGAAACGGGGUUCAAGGGCUCCUCCAUCAAAGCCCACGAUGUCGAAGACACUCAGUCCUCGAAGGUGUCGAUCGAGGUCGGACAGGAACACCUCGCUGGCGUCGUGCCUCCCCAUGAGUCGUAUGAAGGCUUUCACCGAUUCGAUCCCACCGCUACCUGGACCGAACAAGAGGAGAGACGAGUGAUCUGGAAGACCGAUCUGUAUCUACUCACGGCUCUCUGUGUCAUGUUCUUUGGUCUCCAACUCGACCGUGGCAACUUAUCAAAUGCGCUGACGGACAACCUACUGGUCGAUCUGAACAUGUCGAGUAACGACUACAACAAUGGAACCACUAUCCAAUUGGUGUGCUUCUUGUCCGCAGAGUUUCCCGUCCAGCUGCUCAUCAAGAGAUACGGGUUCAAGCGGGUUCUCCCCGUGAUGAUGAUUUGCUGGAGUACUGUAUCCUGGGCGCAAGCAUGGAUGACCAACCGGGCUGCCUUCUACGUGACGCGCGCACUCAUCGGGGCUUUUGAAGGUGGUUUCAUCCCCGGCACCAUCUUGUUCGCGACCUAUUUCUACAAGACGAAGGAGCUCUCCGUGCGCCUGGGAUUCUUCUGGUCCACGCUCAACGUUGCCCGUAUCAUUUCGUCGCUGCUGGCGGCGGGUAUUCUCGAGAUGCGUGGCGUGCAGGGCAAACCGGGCUGGUUCUGGCUUUUCCUGAUCGACGGCCUCAUCACCUUUGCCAUCGGAUUCCUCAGCCUCUUCUACCUCCCCAGCUCGCCCACCAACACGAGCAGCCUCCUCUGCCCGAGAAACUGGUACACCGAACGUGAAGAAGUAAUCAUGAUCAACCGCCUCCUCCGCGACGACCCCUCCAAAGGCCUAACGCACAUCAACGAAUCCGCGACCCUGCACGACAUCAUCUCCGCCUGGAAAGACCCCUCCAUGUGGGGUCUAUAUCUGAUCGGCCUAGCGGCCUACAUCCCCCAAAGCCCGGUCUCCAGCUACCUCUCCCUGACCCUGAAGCGCCUGGGCUUCACCACCUUCGAGUCCAACAUGCUCUCGAUCCCCUCCGCGGCGCUGCAGAUCAUCCUGAUGCUGACCCUGUGCAAGAGCAGCGAGUACUUCGGCGACCGGACCUGGCACAGCCUGUUCGGGGAAUUCUGGUCCCUGCCGCUGCUGAUCGCCCUGCUGUGCCUGCCGGCGGGCGGCUACAACUGGGCCCGCUUCACCAUCACCACGCUGAUCUCGGGGUACCCCUACUUCCACCCGAUCGUCUCCGCCUGGAUCUCCGAGAAUACCUUCGACGUGAAGAAGCGCGCCAUCACCGCCGCCACGUACAAUGUUAUCGUGCAGGUCGGGUCGAUUGUUUCGUCGCAAAUCUACCGCUCCAACGACUCCCCCUACUACUACACCGGCGACAAGGUCCUGGUCGCCCUCUGCGUCUUCUCCAUGGCCGUCUUCGUGGCCCAGCGCGAGUACCUCCGCCACCUCAACCGGCAGAAGGAGCGCAAGUGGGCCCUCAUGUCGGCCGAGGAGCGCGUGCUCUACCAGGCGGACACGGCGGCGCGCGAGCGCGAAGGGAACAAGCGGCUUGAUUUCCGGUUCAAAUACUAGCCACAGCGCAGCUGGGUAUAGAUCCUGUGUUUGGAAGCUUGUUUGCUUUGUGUCGGGAAGACUGCUUCUUGCUUGGGAUUAUUAAUCUGCUGAGGGGGGAUGGUUUGAUCUGAUUGUAUAAGUUCCAAAGGUUUC